UCCUCCUGACCCCGUCAAAUAGGUGGAGGAAGCAGCCCCGACUACGGGGCCAUGGCAGUAGCUUUCUCGCCUUCCGUCGCCUCUAGCUCUGCCGAGUCGCCAGCUUUUUCGCGAGGGACCCUCGCCACCUCUGCAGGCUGAGGAACUGCCGCCGCCACCGAGCUGUGAGGGCUACUAUGUUCUCUAUUUGCUGCAGCUUCCUGCUCCAGUCCUCUGAAGGACCUCUCUGGCUGCCGUGUCCUGCCUCAGAGUCAAACCAGAACAGAAGUAAAACUCAACAAAAAAUUAUUAUGUGCGGAGUUCCCUCUUAAAAGAAGAAAAUAACUAAUAGUUGGAACUAUGGAUCGGAGCAAACGGAAUUCAAUUGCAGGAUUUCCUCCACGUGUGGAGCGUCUUGAAGAUUUUGAAGGAGGUGGUGGAGCAGAUGGGAAUGUGAACCAGAUUGGAAGAAUGUGGUCAUCUUCAUAUCAAGCUCUUAUAAGUGCCUUUUCCAGACUGACGCGUUUGGAUGACUUCACCUGUGAGAAAAUAGGGUCUGGCUUCUUCUCUGAAGUGUUCAAGGUUCGCCACCGAGCUUCUGGUCAGGUGAUGGCUCUUAAAAUGAACACAUUGAGCAGUAAUCGGGCAAACAUGCUCAAGGAGGUACAGCUUAUGAAUAGACUCUCUCAUCCCAACAUCCUUAGGUUCAUGGGUGUAUGUGUACAUCAAGGACAAUUGCAUGCACUUACAGAGUAUAUCAACUCUGGGAACCUGGAACAGUUACUAGACAGUAACCUGCAUUUGCCCUGGACUGUGAGGGUGAAAUUGGCCUAUGACAUAGCGGUGGGCCUCAGCUAUCUUCACCUCAAAGGCAUUUUCCAUCGGGACCUCACAUCUAAGAAUUGCCUGAUAAAGAGGGAUGAGUAUGGGUACUCUGCAGUUGUGGCUGACUUUGGCCUGGCUGAGAAGAUCCCUGAUGUCAGUUUAGGGAGUGAGAAGCUAGCUGUGGUGGGCUCACCUUUCUGGAUGGCACCAGAGGUUCUUCGAGAUGAACCCUACAAUGAAAAGGCAGAUGUGUUCUCUUACGGUAUCAUCCUCUGUGAGAUCAUCGCCCGCAUCCAGGCUGACCCAGACUAUCUUCCUCGAACAGAGAACUUUGGGCUAGACUAUGAUGCUUUCCAGCACAUGGUGGGAGACUGUCCCGCGGACUUCCUGGAGCUCACCUUCAACUGCUGUAAUAUGAACCCCAAAUUGCGUCCAUCCUUUGUGGAGAUUGAGAAGACCCUGGGGGAAAUUCUGAGCCGCCUACAAGAAGAAGAGCUGGAGCAGUACAGGAAGGUGCAGCCCUCAACCAAGGGACUCAUGGAGAAAGGACCUGCAGUGAAGCGACCGAGUUCACUGGAUGACAAAAUUCCCCCUAAGUCUCCACGCCCAAGGCGUACCAUCUGUCUAUCUCGAAGUCAGUCAGAUAUCUUUUCCUGUAAUCCUCCCCGUACAGUGAAUGACUUGGACUCCUACUGUCGGCCACGAGGUGCUGCUGCCCGCACUCCCAAGUUUAACCCUUUCAGUGCUCGCCAGGACCUCAAAGGUGGCAAAGUCAAGUUCUUUGACCGGCCUAGCAAGUCUGUCUUCUCUCUGGUAUUUGAUCUAAAUGCACUAGGGCCUGGAACUACACCUCCAGCUGACUGGCAGGAAACCCCUGCCCCACUUGUUCGCCGAUGGCGUUCUUUGCCUGGUUCACCAGAGUUCUUGCGCCAAGAGGCUUGUCAGUUUGUGAGCCGGGAGGAGUCACUACCUGAUGGGCCCCCCCCACGACUCAGUAGUCUCAAGUACAGAGUGAGAGAGAUCCCGCCAUUCCGGGCAUCUGCCCUUUCAGCUGCUCUAGGCCAUGAGGCCAUGGACUGCUCCAGUCUUCAAGAAGAGAACGGUUUGGGGCCCAGGUCCCAUAUGGCCAGUUUAGGCCCUGCAAGUGCCUCAGAGGAGAUGGAGGUUGAGGAAGAAAAGCCAAGAAGCUUAGCCCCAGUCCCCUUCUUUUCCUCAGUGACAGGCUGGCAAACCCAGGGAGAGCAGGAUGGGUGAAAGGGAUUGUGCCCUGCUCACAGUUGGGGAGGGAUGUUCAGGUGAAGCCAUAGGCCCUCUUGGUGCACAGCCUUGAUUUUUCCCUGAAGCCCACAGAGCAAGCAGGCUAGGCCUGGCCAAGCUCACCUCUGAGACUCUAAUGCCUAAUGGCUGUUUCUGAGAGAAGAGGUAGCAGUGGGAGGCCUUCCUGGUUAGGGCCAAAAGCUGAUACCAACCUUCUGAAAUCCAGCAAGGAGCUCUAGCUCCUACAUGAUUUCCCCAGUGCAUUUCCCCAGACAGGAUCAGAGGACUUCUAGUUCUAGGUUAAGCUGGCAGGCAGCUAUUUCCCCAGAUUUUUCCUCCCACCAGAGGUCUGUCUUUUGCUCUUUUCUGGGGCAUAUAAGCUACUGGAUAGAACUUGGAGUUGAUCAGGAGGCCAUAAAGGGCAUGGCUGUUUCUCAGACCUGAAGCCUGGGUGCUUCUUGCCAGUAUGUCAAAGACACUUGAAUAAUUGCUGUUUGCACUUACUGCACGGUCAGACCACAUCACUACAUUUCUAUGCAAGGGGAGGGCAAGGCAAUGUGUAGUGGUCAUGGCUCUUAUCUAACCUACUCAAAGACCUUUUCCAAUUGAUUAAUCUAUUUUCCUAUUUAUGAAGGAGUCUUAAUGUUCUGCCCUUAGGACUUUCAACCAUGUGGUUGGGAGUGGGCUGGUUUUGUAGGCCCUAGGGCCUGCUCUAUGUAUUUGUUAACAUGUGAUAUACCGACUGGUUAAGUGGUUUAUACGCGGACUGAUUUUCUUCCCUUCCUGCAGUGGCUGGAGCUAUGGGAAUAGUCUGUCCUUACAGAGGCGCAAUAAGAAAUAACCAAAGAUGAAGCUGGUCAAAUAUUUUCAUAACUUGUCUGUUGAUUUUUUUAAAAACUUUCCCAAGACACUUUCACAUUUAAAAAUAAAUAAAGACGGCAUUACAGG